AUGGCAACAAUAAUUGCUUCUCUCCUUAGUAAAAGUAAUAAUCCAGUAGUUCUUUUCCUUAUCAUAUGCUUUAUCUUUAAUCAAAAUUCUCUUGUUAGCGGUUUAAGUUUUAAACUCAUUCAUAGAGAGUCUCUACGCUCUUCUCUCUACCCUGGUAACAAUCUAAGUCAUGUUGAUCGAACUCGAUGUCUCAUACAUCUAUCUGAAUCUAGAGUUCGUCAUUUAGAAUCUCUUCGAACUUCUGCUACAAAUAGUACGCGAGUUACCAAUAUUCGUCCAACAGUAGAUAUGCCUCCUGACUCGGGCUAUGUGUAUAUAGUCCAGGGACCUCAAUACAGUUGUGUUAAUAACCAGUGUAUCUAUAACCUGAGUUAUGUGGAUACAAGUACCAGCAAAGGUAUUCUGUCCAACGAAAGCUUUUCAUUUCUAUCUGAUGGUUCCAUCGAAACUUUAGAGGACAUAAUCUUCGGUUGCGGCUACAAAAAUGUACAACCCCAUUUGGAAGGUGAUAUUGAUGGCGUAUUAGGUCAAAGUAGUUUCUUAAGGUUUGGCGAUGAUAUUGUUAUACAGCCAGGAAGCCGAGUUCAAACCACCCCAUUUUAUAUGUACUACGGAAAUCCACAUAUGUAUUCAGUGAAUCUUUUAGAUAUCAGUGUAGGAGAUGCUAAAUAUGGAAUGGUUCGGGUAGGCAUAGAACCAGGUACGUUUACAUCGAAACCUGAUGGUAAAGGAGGUUGCCUUAUCGACUCCGGAGCCGCAAUUACUUAUAUUGAUUCCAAAGCUUAUAUACCCUUUAAGCAAACAGUAAUGGCAUAUUUUGAACGUCUUGGUCUUAAGACAGUCACAAAUAUGCCUUAUCAUCUGGAUCUGUGUUACAUAUACGGCAAUGGUGAGGUCAGCUUCCCAAGCAUAAUUUUCCAUUUCCAAGGGGCUGAUUUUACAGUGAGGCCAGAAUUUGGGUUUGUUAUCGAUGAUUAUUCAGAGGGAGUAGAGAAGUAUUUCUGCCUCGGAAUGAAGCCUAGAAAUGAUAUUACUCUCAUAGGAUCAAUGCAACAACAAAAUACCCGUUUUAUUUUUGAUGCAAGCCCUCGACGUGCAUAA